AUGGUCAAGGAAACUAAGUUUUACGAUAUCUUGGGGGUUGCCCCGACGGCUUCUGAGGCCCAACUGAAGUCCGCCUACAAGAAGGGUGCUCUGAAGUACCACCCUGACAAGAACACGAACAACCCCGAGGCCGCUGAGAAGUUCAAGGAAUUGUCUCACGCUUACGAAACCCUCUCCGACCCCCAGAAGCGUAGCCUCUACGACCAGCUCGGUGAGGAGGGUCUUGAGCAUGGCGGUGCUGGCGGUGGUAUGGGCGCCGAGGACCUCUUCGCUCAGUUCUUCGGCGGCGGUGGUGGUUUCGGUGGCAUGUUCGGUGGUGGUAUGCGUGAACAGGGCCCCAAGAAGGCUCGCACCAUCCACCACGUUCACAAGGUCAACCUCGAGGAUAUCUACCGCGGUAAGGUCUCGAAGCUGGCCCUUCAGAAGUCCGUCAUCUGCCCGGGUUGUGAUGGCCGCGGUGGUAAGGAGGGUGCUGUCAAGUCGUGUACCGGCUGCAAUGGUUCCGGUAUGAAGACCAUGAUGCGCCAGAUGGGUCCCAUGAUCCAGCGAUUCCAGACCGUUUGCCCCGACUGCAAUGGCGAGGGUGAGAUCAUCCGUGAGAAGGACCGCUGCAAGCGCUGUAACGGCAAGAAGACCACCGUGGAGCGCAAGGUUCUCCACGUCCACGUUGACCGUGGUGUGAAGAACGGCCACAAGAUUGAGUUCCGCGGCGAGGGUGACCAGAUGCCCGGUGUUCUGCCCGGCGACGUCGUUUUCGAGAUCGAGCAGAAGCCCCACCCUCGCUUCCAGCGCAAGGACGACGACCUCUUCUACCAGGCCGAGAUCGACCUGCUCACUGCUCUUGGCGGUGGUACCAUCAACAUUGAGCAUCUUGAUGACCGGUGGUUGACCGUGACCGUCGCUCCGGGCGAGGUCAUCACUCCUGGUGCUAUCAAGGUUAUCAAGGGCCAGGGUAUGCCUUCCUACCGCCACCACGACUUCGGUAACCUCUACAUCCAAUUCGAUGUGAAGUUCCCCGAGAAGGAUCAGCUCAAGAACCUCGAGUUGCUCGAGCAGGUCCUGCCUCCUCGUAUGGAGCAGUCCCAGCCCCCACAGGACGCCAUGAUCGAGGACUUCGAGCUGGAGGACAUCGAUGGCAGCGAGACCUCUCAGGCGCGCGCACACGGUGCCGCCAACUCCAUGGACGAGGAUGACGAUGAUGUUCCUCCUGGCGCUGAGCGUGUGCAGUGCGCAUCGCAGUAA